AUGGCUAAUCGAUUUUCGCUUUGCGGCAGCCACAGCUUCUCUCCAUUGUUUUGUGCCUUCAUAUCGCCAACCGCUUAUAAACCCCAAUAUCCCAGAACCCAACUUUGGUGCUACUAUUUGAUUGCCUAUACAUAUUUGGUCUACAUAUUUAUAAUGUCUUUAUCACGAGAAUCUCAGCCAGCUAGUCCUUCUAGACAUCUUACGGUAGUAGAUGUAUAUGAUUUGGCCUCCUCGAUUGGGAAGGACUUUGAAAAAAUAAUUGAAUUACAUGGAAAUGAUAGUGUCAGGACAAUAAUGCCAAAGGUAAUAUCAGCUCUCGAAACGCUCGAAGCAUUAGCGAACAAAAAUGAACGUGAAAACGAAGAAAUCCACCGGCUGCAACGGAUUGUUGAGGAAUUCGAUAAGGAGAAAAAAGGAAAAAUGGCCAUCAAAUUGCGAUUUGAAGAGGAACUCGAGCAGGCCGAAGAAAACUAUAGAAAAGAGAUUUUGGAAUUGCGACAAGCAGUUAAUGGGCUCAUGCAAAAGAAUCGUGAUCUCAGCUCAACCAUGAACAGUUUGCCAACAAAUUUUGAUGUUGCUGCAUAUACAAGAUGUGAUGAGGACAUCCAAUUAAUGCUCGAAUUACGAGAAAGCUCAAAUAAACAAAAAGAAGAGAUUAAGCAAUUACAAAACGAUGUGCACUCAUAUACUUGUCAAGUGGAGAAUCUCGAAAACAACCUGGAAAAGCUGAUUCAUCAGAAUGAGGAGCUACUCAGGAAAAACAAGUCACUUCAAAAACAAGGGAGGAUGAUUGUGGAAGAGAAGAUGGAAAUAAUUAAAAGGUUGGAAAGGACGGAAGAAAGCAACAUACAAUUGUCAAAGUUAUUGAAUGAAAGUGAUCGGGCGUGUAAAGAUUUGCAAAACAUGCAGCAAGAAGAUGAGCCGAUGUUUACCUUGGCGGAGUUGCGGGAAGUUCUGCAAGAAAAGAAUGUUCUAAAGGGGCGAGUAAUGGAGCUAGAAGAAGAGAUGGACCGGUUGAGUAGUCGAGAAUCCGUGCCCGCACAAGAAAUAUUUGAUCUGGCCGAUACAAAAGAAAAACCACCCGAAUCGAAUAAUGACGAAGAUCUUCCGGUAUAUGGGCCCCUUCCCAAAGAACCAAAGGAAAAGCUUUACCCUUGGAAAUACGAGCGCAACCACUCGGGAGUCAGAAAAUUCUUCCAAUUCUUCAAGGACUUCUCGGGGGGAUCUGCUGAA